AAUCAUAACAAAGCCGACAUGAACAUUUCCUGUCUGAAAAACCUUGAUCCUACCUUACAAGCGAUGCCUAAUCUUGACCAAGUCCAUGCGCUUAUUCAGCACUACGGACCAACGGUCUACUUCCACCCUGAAGAGACUUACUUACCUUCCUCCGUACCAUGGUUCUUUAAAAACGGUGCUUUGUUAUACCGGUUUGGUAAACCGGGAGGAGAACCGAUUAACUCAACCGGUUCGAACUUGCCAUCAGGUGGACAAAACGACGGGAGCUACUGGAUUGAUCUCCCUCAAGAAGAUGAGGAAGCUACAAACAAUCUAAAGAAAGGGAACAUAGAGAGCUCAGAGCUUUACGUCCACGUGAAGCCAGCGCUCGGUUGGAUCUUCACUGACGUUGUUAUGUGGAUCUUCUGCCCCUUUAACGGUCCCGCCACGCUUAAGAUCGGUCUUCUUACCGUCCCCAUGAACCGCAUCGGUGAGCACGUUGGUGACUGGGAGCAUUUCACGUUCCGGAUAAGCAACUUCAACGGCGAGCUUACUCAGAUGUUCUUCUCGCAGCACAGCGGCGGCGGGUGGGUUGAUGUCUCUGAUCUCGAGUUUGUUAAAGGAAGCAACAAGCCGGUUGUGUACUCUUCUAAGCACGGACACGCGAGUUUCCCUCACCCGGGGAUGUAUCUCCAAGGCUCGUCCAAGCUUGGGAUUGGAGUGAGAAACGAUGUAGGGAAGAGCGAGUUUGUGGUGGAUUCUAGUCAGAGGUAUAGAGUCGUGGCGGCUGAGUAUUUAGGGGAAGGAGUGGUUUCGGAGCCGUGCUGGCUGCAGUACAUGAGAGAGUGGGGACCAACUAUAGUGUAUGAUUCUGCAGCUGAGAUCGAUAAGAUCAUUAAUCUUUUGCCUUUGAUUGUGAGGUUCUCUAUUGAGAAUUUGUUUCCUAUUGCGCUUUAUGGAGAGGAAGGUCCUACGGGACCAAAGGAGAAGGAUAACUGGGUGGGAGAUGAGAUAUGUUGAAGAAAGGUUUUGGCUGAGCUUAAUAUGGAUCUGCGAAAACAGAGCUCCUCUGUUUACGUGAAGUGUGUUGUGUAAUAUUGUGUAGAUGUGAUAAUGUAAAGUCUUCUUAUUUGGACAUUGGUUUAGCCAUUUUAGUUU